CAGCACAUUAAACCCUGCAAAAGCGUGGCAACGAAUAUCAAAUCCAUGACAGCACCAUAUAUCUGCCUAAACUGCUGGCGAACAUGUCUGCGAGCCUUGCAAUUCCGCCGUCCAUUCUCUUCCUGUCCUCGCAUCCUUCAUGACUCCAAUUCCUCCGCCAUUACCCGUCCACCAACUGGGCCCAAACCGGUUCCCAACGUCAAGCACAUUCGCGAAAACGCCGAGCUCUACUCCCAAAACUGCAUUGACCGAAACUACAGAUCCCUCUCCGAGUAUCCCUCCCGAAUCAAAACCCUCGCGGACGAAGCCGCCCAGCUGCAACGAUCCCUCAACGCUCCACGAUCAAAAAUAAAACAGGUUCAAAGAGCCAUUGCGAAGCUAGCUACGUCGUCCACUGAGGGAAAAGGCAAAGCUUCGGGUAAAAAUGAAGAGUUGGACGCGUUGCACCUGGAGGCGAAACAGCUCAAACAUGCGUCGCAGUCGAUGACCGACCGGAGGGAGAAAUGCCUUGAGGAAGUACAACAGCUUGCACUCUCGCUGCCCAACCUCACCUCGAAAGAGACUCCGCGUGGAGACAUUCCCCGCGUAGUUAAUUAUAUCAAUUACGACCCGCGAUCUCCUCCCGGGUUCGUUUCCUCACCUGAACCAACGCGGAACCACGUUUCUAUCGGCACCUCUCUUGGGUUGUUGGACUUUACCAGCUCCGCGACCUCGACGGGAUGGGGGUGGUACUAUCUUACGAACGAAGGGGCACUACUCGAGCAGGCUUUGGUUCAAUACGCGCUCAGUGUCGCCAUGCGUCGAGGCUGGAAACCUGUUUCUCCGCCCACACUGGUCUACUCGUAUAUCGCCGAGGCAUGUGGUUUCCAGCCACGCGAUGUGAACAAUGAACAGCAGAUCUGGUCAAUUGAGCAGAAUGAGAAGGAUAAGAGCAAACCACAGAGGUGUCUAACGGGUACAGCGGAGAUCCCUCUAGCCGCAAUGUAUGCCGGCCAGGAGAUCCCGGCCGACAAACUCCCCCUAAAAUUCAUCGGCAUAAGCCGAUGUUAUCGUGCCGAAGCGGGCGCCCGAGGCGUUGACACAAAGGGCCUGUACCGGGUGCAUGAAUUUACCAAAGUCGAACUCUUCGGCUGGGCCGACGACAUCCCAGAAGCCAACUCCAAGAGCGCAACAACCACUACCACCACCACCACCACAUCCUCCUCCUCCUCCUCCACCCUCUUCUCCGAAAUGCUCUCCAUCCAAACCGAGAUCCUCUCAUCCUUAAACCUGCCCUGUCGCAUCCUCGAAAUGCCCACCGCAGACCUCGGCGCCAGCGCUGCCCGAAAACAAGAUAUCGAAACUCUCUUCCCAUCCCGCCUGCACCACACCCUUACACAACAACCAUCCCAAGCUGAGCCCUUUGACCACAAUGGCUGGGGAGAAGUAACUUCUGCCUCCAUAUGCACCGACUACCAGAGCCGUCGGCUCGGAACGCGCGUGCGCACGGGUGCAGCGGCUAGGUUUCCCCAUACGGUUAACGGCACGGCGGUAGCGGUGCCAAGGGUCCUGGCUGCUAUUUUAGAGAACGGGUGGGAUGAAAAGCGGGGUGUGGUGAUUGUGCCCGAGGUUCUGAGGAACUGGAUGGGUGGUAUUGAGACGAUUGGGGGAAGAGAAGGCAUGGUGGAGUGAGAUGCGUGAAAGCCGUGCGGAUCGUAAGAAUAUGUAGGAUAGAAUAGAAGAGUAUGUAUGGACUCACAUUUGCCUAUAAAUACCG